AUGAAAAAUUCAUUGCUUUUAUCAUCAUCAUCUCUAGAAGGUGAUCCUUCUUCAGCAACCCAUUCCUCUUGUCCCAGGCCAAUUCGAGUGGCAGUAUUGGGCGGUAAAGGUUGUGGCAAAACCUCAUUAGUCACAAGGUUAACACUUAACUUAGUACAUGAAGUUCAUUAUCCAACCAGAAAACAAAAUAACUGGUUGUUCUCAUUUGAGCCAAAGACAGAUUUGUCCAAAUGCAUAUUGGAUGAACAUAUUCAUGAUAGAUUGGGUAGAACAGAUAAACAAUUGGUAACUUGCUGCAUUUUCCCCACUCCACAACUAUCACCUCAUCUCUUAUUAUCACCUCCUCUAUACGAUAAGAUUUUAACUAAUUUUACCAAUUUAAAAAAAACGCAACAAGGAUCUAAAUCCAGUUAUUACAGCUAUUGCUUUGAUGAUAGAGAUAAAAUAUGCUUUAAAAAAGAGAAUAAAUACUACUAUUACUUAGAUCCUGAUAAAUUGGAUGAGGGUGAGCUAGAAGCAUUGCAAACAGAAAAUGUUAGAAGUAACUCCACAAAUAGCAUCAUGAAAUUGGGAUCUGAUUUACAGCCCUUAUAUAGCGACUCAACUGUGUCCACCUGUGCUAGCAGUAAUAACACAUUGCAUAAUAUAAAGCAUGGAGAUAGUAUGCAUUUAUUACAGAUGAAUUACUUCCACCAAAUGAAACUACCUUCCAAUUAUGAACCUCCAAUUAUUUCCCCAAUCCCCGUAGACAUUAUAGACACCCCGCCAUUUGACCCGGAUAUGGUCGUUCCCUUCUUAGAAGUUUCGCUAUUUAGAAAUUUAGGUAAAGAGUAUUUACACGGCCUAGCUGAUGAACCAAGGAAACCUGUCAGUACAACAAGUUUGAUAACUGCUAGUGGCGCCAGUGAACUAAACGGCAAGAUAGACUGUUAUUUGCUAGUUUAUAGUUGUUUCCCAGAUGACGUAGACCCACCAGAUUAUGACAGUACACCAGCGAGCAACAAUUCAACUUCUUCUCCUCUUCAUAAUUCUACCAGCAGUGUCUCUUCCAACGUUAAGAAAAAAUCGCCACUAGAUCUAUUAGUCAAUAUCAGACAGACUAUAGAAGAAGCUUGGAAAGAAUAUUAUAACUAUAAAAAAGGUUGGGACUCUGGCGCAGAAAGAGAUGUUUAUUCGAUAAUGUACAAUUUGAAAAAAUUAUGGAAAAGUGGUGCAUCUUCAUCUUCAUCACUAAGAGGGGGUACCACAGAUACAAAAGAUAACGGCGGUACACGUAACUCUUCUCUUCUUAAACUCAGUCAUGAUUCACCACCGCCUUUUAUAAUUGUAGCAACGCAUUGUGCAAGUCCAUUAAGUUCUCCCGUUUUACUUGAAAUGGGGAGAGAAUUAGCAACCGAAUGGGGUUGUGGUUUUGUUGCUGUUGAUAGUGUUAUAGAUUAUAAUAUAGACGAAACUUUAAGUGCUGCUAUUAGAGAGGUUGUUGAACGGGAAAAAUAUUUAGCGUCCUUGAAAUAG